CUGCUAUUUCUUUGACGAAGGGCUUUGCCAGUUGAGAAUUGAGAGUUGAUGUCUCUAAUUUAGUUGUUUAAACCAAAUUCCGUCUUGAUUGCCCGUGGGUGCAAUUUUUCGUACGUUCUUGUAUGAAGUUUCUAACUUUGCGCUUUCCAUUGCACUGGGCAGUGUGCUUUCUUUUUCUGCGAGUAUGCAAAUUGACAGCUGGUACAGUGGGUUCCUUCGGCGACUUCGGUACGAUCGAAAUUAUGUGACUAGUCAUGCAAUUGGGUUGAGAUAUUUCAACUCGUCGCAUGAACCAUCAGUGGAAGCGUUCGCGGAACCAAAGCUGUUUAGAUUCAACUACCUCUAUUUCGGUAAGAACGAACUUUGCGUAUUUGUCUGCGCUCAUAUUAUUUCAUUCUGCCUCAAAAGUCUCCACUUAAAACAACAAAUUCAUGCGUGAGGCGUACAUAGAACCGGGCGCCAUCUUGAACACAAAAAAAAAUGCUUCGUUCUCGUGUCCCUUCAGCUGUUUCCUAGAAAAAGAAAUGUUGGCGGUGGUUUCAUAACCCUUUAUUUCCUAUUUAGAGACGAAAACAUUCGAAAUGUUUCUAUUCUCUUAGCUAGAGAAGUCGAUGUGAUACGGCCUACGCCUACGUGGGAAGAAUUAUGGGAUGUUUCUUAAGCAAGAAGGUAGUACCCCAAUCUGAGGAACGAGAGAUUACAGAACAAGAAAGAGAAGUGCUGGUGAGUAGCCAAAGCUUAACGUUAAGCUUUAUAGGAGCUUUAUAGAUUGCCAUCAAGUGCUUCUGUUCCGAGGAGAAGUUAAUACGGAAGGUUUCACCUCGCAUCUAAGCAUGUUGACUGACUGAGAUCCGCUCUACUCAGAACGAUUGACUGGCCACUGUUGAAAACCAAUUGCAAUGGUCUCUUUGUUAAUAAAAAAAGAUACCAAGAAAUGGGGAAGGAAUAUUUCACAAUAGUGCAUAUGAUCAUGAAAGACGUGGGUUAAUAAUAUUUUGCUUCUAGAGCAACUUUUGAUUCCAGAUAAUUCCCACCCAUCCCACCCUCUUCUCUGCAAACACACAUUAUUAUUAUUAUUACUAGUUAUAGUUCUCACUAGAGCUGCCCCUGCCCUACAGUACCAUUUUCUUUUUUUUUUUUUGAGUUGGGCUUGUUGUUUACAGUUGUGUAGUUAUGACCAUUUGCGGGAAAAACGUUGAUACCUUGCGGCCGUGCAAGCGAUCAAAUCGAGAUUUUUUUUGGUUACGAUCAACCGAAAACACCUACAUUCUCUCUUCUCCAGUCUUCCUCUAUACUAGGACAAAUCUUGUGUCAAAGACACCGAUCCUAAAAGUCCUCGCACGGGUGUCUUUUUACUGGCAGCCCAUGACCAUUUGCGGGAAAAACGUUGAUACCUUGCGGCCGUGCACGCGAUCAAAUCGAGAUUUUUUCUGGUUAUGAUCUACCGAAAAUACCCACAUUCCCUCUUCUCCAGUCUUCCUCUAUAUUACGCGGGGAGUCCUAAGGUGCCUCCUCGGGUUUUUGGCCCUCUGGGGCCAAAAACCCUGCGGGGGCAAUUAUUACUUCUAUUAUCAUCAUUAAUGUUAUUCUGAUCAUUUCAUGUAGGAUUUGAAGUUGCAAAGGGACUUGUUACAACAAAACCAGAGAAAGGUAGAAAGGAAUAAUUUUUCCAAAAUGUCUUUGAUAGAGCAUUAGCCUCAAAUCAGUUCUUAGAUCACAUACUCUGGGGUUCCAAUAAUUUGCUGUCUGUUUCAAGCAAUGCCCCUACUUACUUUCUCUGGAAUUUAUCUCAUGAGAGUGAAACUUGAGUUUCUAUCAGCCACCUACAUUGCAUUUUUUGCCAUGCCCUUCAAAUUGCUUGCUUCAAAAAUCAAUCUGAUGAGUUCUUUAUACAUAGUGUUCAAAUUCAACCUAAAUGUAGUUGUCUUAUCGGUGUCUGAGAGUUUUUUAAUCAUUUCAGCUCUAUUCCUAACAAGUUUUACUUUAAAAUAGUUAAAAAUGAAUCAAGAAAAAGAGGGACAAUUGGCAAAAAAGUUGUUGAAGGAAGGAAAGAAAACGUAAGUUUUGACAAUGUUUUAAAGUGAAGGACCUAGAGGUCUUGAGAUUGCAGUCUUGUACUAACCCGAUAAUAUAGGUGGGUCAACUGAAUUGAUAAAUUAAGUUCAUUGGCUAUCGUUAAGAGUUCAUAAAGCUUAUAACCCUUCUCAAAGCAAAAGCCCUUUUGUUAACCCAUUUUAUUCACCCUUUUGUUCUGGUGACAGGCUAAUGCUCAAAACAUCAGCUUUAGAAACUCUUUACAGAGGCCAACUUACAUUAUCAACUUAGUUGAUAAAACUAAAAUGAUCUACAGUAUGAAUGGUUUACAUAAGUCAAUGAUGUUUAAAUCUCAGUUCCUCAGACAGUAAGGUUUUUUAUUUGCUUAACUACAAUAAAAAGUCUCAAGGAAGCACAAUAAGUUAAAUACAGCAGUGUGUAUAGUGAGGGAACCUAAAUGAGGCCAUGAGGCUUAUAUAAGGUUAGAUUUCCUACCAAAAGAACAUAAGUUCAUACUAACAUAUAGCAUCAAACAAGAUGCAUAGGUGGUGAGCCAUAUCCAGGUCAAGGGGGAAAAUAAGGAAAAUUAUUAUUGAUAACUGAGGAAAGUUAAAUUUUCUCUUGUUUAUUGUGCAGGGAAGCAAAGCUUCUGCUUAAAAAGAUGAGAUACCAGAAGCAGAUGCUGGAGAGGAUAAACAACCAACUGGAGCACUUAAAGAAAAUGGUUUGUCAACAAAUUUAUAAACUAUAAUGUGCUCUUCAUCAAAGUCACAGGAGCAUACCAGCAUAUUGUAACUCAACCUGCUGGACUCUCAGUUUAUGACUUGAGACAAAGAUUGACUUUAACGUAUGUUAACUUAUCCCCAGAGUCCAGAAAAUUUGCAACCCCUUUCCUAGACUAGUAACUCUAAUGAAUGCAGUCUUGAAAAUGCAACCCAAUCCAUCAGUACAUCCCCACCAGCCUAUUACCAAGAUGUGCCCCCAGGUUUGUUGCACAUUCAUCAAAUUUGAAAGGUGAGCCACCAUCUUGCCCCCUUUGGCCUUCAUUCAAGAGGGUUACAGAAAUAUUUUUUCCUCUCUUUGCACUUGACCUUUCAUAAAGUAAAAGAUUCAAGUAAGAGACAAACAGUGAUCAUCUUAUAACAGGUACAUCAGGUACAAGAUGAUAAAUUUCCUAGUCAGCGGGCUUGGAUUAAAAUUCAAUCAGCCAUUGUAUUGUCAGUAGGAAGUAAAGCUCUGAAGGACAUGAAUAAGGUAUGUAAAUUUUUUUAAAAAGUGAUCUUUUCUUUGACCUUUCAAUUAAUUCAAUAGUUCCAUCUAAGGUGACUCAGAACAUGAGCUGAUAAGUGAAUGUCAGAGGGUGAGAGAUACCUAUUAAAAAGCUUUGGUUUCUGCAGUUUUUAACCAAAUGUUAACAAAAAUGUUUGAUUUUAUUUCCACAGGAGACUGAACUUUUAAGUGGAAGUUUGACUUGAAUUGUACUUUUUGUCUCAGAUAAUGUCUAUUGAAAAUGUAGAAAGAAUAAUGGAGGAAACCAGGGAAGGAAUUGAGUAUCAGAGGGUAAGUGAUAUCAAUUGAAAAGCUUUGAUUUUUGCAGUUUUUAACCAAAUAUUAACAAAAACUUUGAUUUUCCUUCCACAGGAGAUUGAGGAACUUUUAAGUGGAAGUUUGACUCAGGAAGAUGAAGGUGCAGUGUUACAAGAAUUGGAGGAGAUGACAAAGGUUUGUACUUUGUACAUUCUGCUGUCCUUAUUUUCACACUAGGGUCCUUGAUUAUGAGCAGCAGAGUGGGAAUGGGGAUGCAUUUAUGAUACAAGGGGUACAAAGCCAACCUCCUUCCAGGGUCUCUCUUCUUCCCUUCCUUCAUAACAAAAAGAAGGGAAGAGGAGAGGUCCUGGGAACCAGGUUUGUUCAAAGCUGGGGCACUUUUGAUUUAACCCAGUAAGUCCCACUAGUGACCUAGACAGAAUUUCUCCUUACACUAUCAGUACAAUAUCAAGCAGAAAAGUAAUGGGAAUAAAGAAAAAUAUCAAUUGAGGGGAUUAUUGGUUGAUCCAAUUCCAAAUUCUCUAAACCAACAUCACAUGAAUUAUAUAACAGACAGUAAGAAGAUUUACCAUUGAAAUCUUGGGAGUUAAAGGGUUAAUAAGGUGGGAAGGUGUGAAAGGUUUGUUUUAAAUACCUUUUUCCUUUUGUGGUUAGUCUGUAACAGAGAACCCUUCAGAAGUACCAGCAUAGAAGCCAUUACCAGAAGUUUGCUCAGAAGAACUUGGUAUGUAUGAGCUGUCUCGAGCAAUUACAUCCUGCUAGGAUCUUUUUACUCUUUUUUCUUUCUCCCAAAAAAUAUCCAUACCCAUCUAAUAGUGGAUUUUCUUAAUUUAAACUGCAGCUUUGCAUCAUACUAUCAUUUUAAAAUUGUGUUUCAAGUUAGAACUCCCUUCAAUUUGGAAUUUUCAGUUACCCUUCUUAGGGUAGGUAUGGAUAUUUUCUGGAACCACACAUUGUUUUGAAAUUUAUAGCAGGAAUUACGUAGGUUGUUGGUCAUCUCUCAAUGUAUGUUAAUUAUUCUCUUUUUUUUCCUAACAGUUGAGAAAAGACAAUUAAAGAUUGAAUGAAAGCAGAAAUGGUUGUAAUAGGGGUUGUGAAUGCGGUACUUCUAUUUUACUCGGGAUUGUUAAUUAUGUAUUUUGCUAAGUUUCAUUAAGAUAAACUAAGAUAAACUAAGAUAAACUAACAAAUUUUGAUAAACACAAGAAAUCUCAUCAAGGAGAACACUGAAGAGCUUCAAAGGAUCACUUGAUGAAAACACCGCCAUCCUGGAAACUACAAAUUUGAGGAGCACUGGUAACUAAGAUAACUCUACGUGCUUUCUGAAGUUUGCGCACGCAAAAUCGUUCGAUGAAAACAAGAGUUCAGUACCGUAAACAGCAGCGAAGCUGUAAGGAAAAAUGUUUGUUCUACAGAUCAGAAGAUACAAUAGAAAUCAGCUCCAGUAGGUUUUUGUUUUAGCCACAUAAAAUUUAUUAUUUCAAACUUUUCCAUCUAUGAAGAACGUGCUGAAAACUGAUGAAACUCGAACACAAUUAGAACUGGUUUUGUAAAAUCGGUUUUGCUAACGGACUUCAGGCUAAUUUCUUGGAUUGCUUGGGUCAGGUCUUUGUCUAUGACCCGUGUAUAAGUCGAGGGUGAUUUUUUGGGCUGAUUUUUCGGUCAUUAAAGGUCGACUUAUGCACGGAUAAAUACUGUAAUACUGAGGUUCAGAUUCAAAAUUGCUGUUUUAUUUUAAAACCUUUAUCAGUCAUAAUAGCAGGAAAAAAACAAAAUGAAUCAAAAAGCUCCAAUCCCAUUUUGGAAACAGGGCCAUGUAUAGGGUUUUGUCCUUAACUGUGUCCCUUCUUGCUUGCAGUUUCUUUGCAAAAUUUAUUUAAGCAUUGCUGUUCUUAAAUUUUAUUACAUCAAGUAGUUAGUUGUCUAGGUAGUUAGUUAUCCUAUUUGUUAUAGAAUUAAUCUUUUUAUUAUAAUUGUUUAUUAAUUAAUGUAGUUUGCUCGAAGAUAUUAGCACCGGAGUGCUACACUGUAAAUUUGAGGGUAAAUAAAGUUAAUUGAUUGAUUUGGUUGAUUG